UGUAAUUAAUUCACUUCCUUCUCUAAGGUGGAUCCUGUUUUAGUUGGUAAUUAUUUGUUAUUUUUUUAAUCCACACCUGCACUUAAUGCAUCAGAGUUGGUUUUUCAUCAAUCAUUUUAAUUAUUUCUCAGGGUUAUAAAGGGCAAUGCAUGUGUUGAAAAAUAUUCUUGGAGUUAAGCUUGUAGUAUUGCAAACUCAAAAAUGGACAGGAAACAUGGGAAAUACGUAGUAAAUGUUGAACAGUCUGAAAACCAACUGCCAAUCACGUGUUCAAAUGACCAAGAGGUUCACGGCUCUGCAUGCUGGCGCCCACUUUCACGUGACAUAACCUGUGAUAUCUCUUCCAACUCAACUGGGGUCUGCGUGGGCCCAGGAGUCCUUGGACAUUCAGGAUACCCACAAACAGAAUCAUCCCAUACCCAGGUGAAAAGAAAUUGCUGCUGUAAUUGGACUCUGUGGAACAUCUUUUUGGCUUGUCUCUUAGCCUGUGUGAUAACAACAGCAAUUGGAGUACUCAUAAUAUGCCUGGUGAAUAACAGAGGAAAUGACAACUCUUCCAUUGUUAUCAAGAUAUCCCCAGACGAUGGGGAGCCUGUAACUGCUAUUCAUGGAAAAACCUCUGCUGCUCCUCAACCUACAGUGACCACCACGUCGUCAACUGAACCUACAACUGUAGCCACUUCGAAAGACUCUACAACCAUUCCAACGUCUACUGAAACUACAGCCACAAUAGCCGCAACCACCACUUCAACUGCACCUACAACCUCCGCACGUUCAACUGAACUUACUGUCACAACAGCCAUCACUACUACUCCAAAUAAAACCAGAGAUGCCCUCAGUUAAGUGGAAUCUACAACAGUUGCAAUUGUAACAUAAAACUUUUUAAAUAUAUAUUUUUUUAUUGAUUUCAGAGAGGAAGGGAGAGGGAGAGAGAGAUAGAAACAUCAAUAAUGAGAGGGAAUCAUUGAUCAGCUGCCUCCUGCAUGCCCCCUACUGGGGAUUGAGUCCGCAAACCAGGUAUGUGCCCUUGACCGGAAUUGAAUCUGGGACCCUUCAGUCUGCAGGCUGACACUCUAUCCACUGAGCCAAACCAGCUAGGGCUGUAACAUAAAAUUUUGAAAAAACUUUAUCUCAGUGGACAACUAAAACAAUCACCACUUCCACCAUCUCUUUUAAUGUACAACUAUAUUUACUUCAGUUGAAUCUACAACCACUACCACAUCCAUUCAAUCUACAACGACUGUAAUUUCUACUUAGCCUACAAUAACAGUAGUCAUCAGUCUCCUUCUUCAACCUGUAACAUACAACUACAAAUGCCAUAUCAUCACUUUACCUAAUAGAACUACCAUCAGGCAUCAAAAUGUUCUCUUCUGUGGCGAGUUAACCUUUAGUUAUCUCUAAAGAUUAACCUACAACUAUCUUUUUCUACUAGCUCUUCCCUCAAACUGUAGCUACCUCUUCUGCAAUAGCUGAGUCAAUAUUUACUGCUAUUUAUAUUCUUUCAGUGGCUACCAUGUUGCCACUUGAAGACAUCCUGGUAGCUACAUUAUUCACAAGAAUUUAGACAGUGAAUAAUGGAAUAAUUACUUCAAUCUUCACUAAAUCAACACUGAGGACUUCUAAAUGUAUUAAAACUGUUUUUAAAGAACUGAACAUAGAUUCUUUAAGCUAUAAAGAAUCUUCUGAUGGUGCUGUCAUUCAAAAUAACAUAAUUUCAUAUAGAAAAAGUAACCCAAUUUGUUUAUUUAAGAAAUAUUAAAGAAGUUUUAUAAAAAAAACCUUAUGAUAAAAUUAGCCGUUUAGAUUGUAAUAUGUAUUAUUUUCAGUUCAGAAUGUUGCAUUCCUCUGUACACAAAUUAAAUGCAUAAUAAACAGAAAUUUUGAAUAGGUACGAUUUAAACAAAUUUAUGUAGAGGAAAUUCUAGAAUUUAUUAUAAUUCUUUCUUUUAUGGUAAAGUUAUAUUUCUUCAAUGUCUCCUUAGAUUGCAAAUACCUUUUAAACAAUCAUAUUCUAUUUACAUUAAUAUUGAAAGUAUAUGUGAAUCUCUUUUUAAAAAAUACAUAAUUUUCUGCAAUCUUGUAGGUCAAUCAACUAAACAAAAUAAAAGACAUCUCUUCAGUUUUAGCUAUGUACUACAGACAGAAGACACAGCCCCACCAGUGUGGCUAAGCAUCAACUUAUGAACCAGGAGGUCACAGUUUGAUUCCCGGUUGGGGCACAUGCCU